AUGGCGAGUGGCAACACCAGGUCCUCCAGAAGAAGUGCCUCCUCAACGUCUCCAUCUCUGCAGUCGUUCAGUCCAGAACGACCCGAUUUAUCCACACAAAAACACAGUCUGAACGCCUCAUUCUUCAGUCUCUUCUGCUGCAGACCAGGUGUCACAGCGCCACCCUGUGGAACCAAGUGUCACAGCGCCACCCUGUGGAACCAGGUGUCACAGCGCCACACUGUGGCACCAGGUGUCACAGCGCCACACUGUGGCACCAGGUGUCACUGCGCCACACUGUGGCACCAGGUGUCACUGCGCCACACUGUGGCACCAGGUGUCACUGCGCCACACUGUGGCACCAGGUGUCACAGCGCCACACUGUGGCACCAGGUGUCACAGCGCCACACUGUGGCACCAGGUGUCACUGCGCCCCACUGUGGCACCAGGUGUCACAGCGCCACACUGUGGCACCAGGUGUCACUGCAGCCGCCCGUCACAGAGCCAAGCUCAGAGUUCAUGUCUUAUCUCUAA